AUGGGAAAAGACAGUAUAGCAGCUAAAGUUUUGCCAUCAGUUUUUGGUCAAAGUUAUGGCGGCGGCAAUGGAUAUUACGGUGGCUAUGGAUUAGGACAUGGAUUAUACGGUCACCCAGUUCACAGAAAAUGGGGUUAUUCCACUCAUAUAAAGCACCCGGCACAUCAUGGACAUCAUGGAGGUUAUGGUGGUAAUGGUGGAUAUGGAGGUUAUGGAAGCUAUGGAGGCUUUGGAGGUAAUGGAGGCUAUGGUGGUAAUGGAGGUAAUGGAGGCUAUGGUGGUAAUGGAUAUGGACAUGGAGGCAGAAGUAGUAGCUAUAAUUAUGGUCAACAAGGUCAUGGAAGCUACGGUGCUCCACGUGCUUAUGGAUAUAGCGGUUACCGGGGCUUAAGUGGCGGUCUGGGAGGUUAUCUGGGAGGUGGCAAUUGGUUUUAA